AUGGCCGCCAGCACCGAGAAGAACGCUGCCGUAGGAGGCUUCGACCACCGCGAUCACGAUGACGCCGACACCGAUGUUGCUGUCCAGCUUGCUCACGAUGUCGACGACACCAAGUACCCGCCGUGGUCUCCCACCAUGUUCCGCCUGUACUUCGUCCUAUCUGUGGCCUACCUGUCCGGCUGUCUAAAUGGCUUCGACGGGAGUCUCAUGGGAGGCUUGAACGGCAUGAAGUCCUACCAGCAAUACUUCAACAUGUCAACUGCAGGCUCUAGCACAGGCCUGGUCUUUGCCAUGUACAACAUUGGAUCGGUGGCGGCCGUCUUCAUCACUGGACCCGUCAACGACUUUUUUGGCCGUCGAUGGGGCAUGUUUACUGGUGCUGCUCUUGUCAUCGUCGGGACCUGUGUCCAGGCGACGAGCGUCAACAGCGGUCAGUUCCUGGGCGGCCGCUUCGUGCUCGGCUUCGGCGUGAGUUUUUGCUGUGUCUCGGCCCCGUGCUACGUCAGCGAGAUGGCCCACCCCAAGUGGCGCGGCACCUUGACCGGCCUGUAUAACUGCACGUGGUAUAUUGGCAGCAUCAUCGCGUCUUGGGUCGUCUAUGGCUGCUCCUACCUCGACACUACCGAUGCCUGGCGCAUACCCGUCUGGUGCCAGCUGAUCACGUCUGGCUUCGUGGUUCUGGGGGUCUUCUUAAUUCCCGAGAGCCCUAGAUGGUUGAUGGCCCAAGACCGCCACGAAGACGCCAUCAAGGUGCUAGCGACAUACCAUGGCGAUGGCCGACCCGAUCACCCCAUUGUUCAACUGCAGAUGAAGGAGAUGGCGAACCAGAUCUCGACCGAGGCGUCGGACAAGAAGUGGUACGACUACCAUGAGCUCUGGAACACGCACUCUGCCCGCCGUCGCCUCAUCUGCGUCAUUGGCAUGGCGUGCUUUGGCCAGAUCAGCGGAAACAGCCUGUCGUCUUACUACAUGGUCAACAUGCUCAAGUCGGCUGGCAUCACGGACGAGCACAAGGUCUUGGCCCUCAAUGGUAUCAACCCAGCCUUGUGCUUCUUUGGCGCCGUCCUCGGUGCUCGCAUGACGGACGUCAUAGGCCGCCGGCCGCUGCUGCUCUACUCGAUCGUCUUCGCCUCCGUGUGCUUCGCCAUCAUCACGGGCACCAGCAAGUUGGCCACAGACGACCCAACCCAAGUGGCGGCGGCUAACACGACUAUCGCCUUCAUCUUCAUUUUCGGCAUCGUCUUCUCGUUUGGGUGGACACCGUUGCAGAGCAUGUACAUUGCCGAGACGCUGCCUAUGGCCACACGCGCGAAAGGUACCGCUGUUGGCAACUUCUCAUCCUCGGUCGCCUCGACAAUUCUGCAGUACGCCUCAGGGCCCGCUUUCGAGAAGAUUGGCUACUACUUCUAUCUCGUUUUCGUCUUCUGGGACCUGGUUGAGUGUGCUGUCAUGUACUUUUACUUCCCAGAGACCAAGGACCGCACGCUUGAGGAGUUGGAAGAGGUGUUUUCGGCCCCCAACCCUGUCAAGAAGAGUCUGGAGAAGAGGAACGCCCUGACAGUCCUGAACACUGUUGGUGCCUCUCGUGGCGAGAAAUGUAAUGGAAACACGCCCUGCGCCGCCUGUGCAGCAGCCGACAAUGACUGCACAUAUGGCUCGGAUGCGAACUCGAGGGGGAAGAGCGACCUCAUCCUCGAGGGCGUGCUGCGCGUCGAGAGGUUUCUCCAGGAAAUAAACGCGACUAUAGUUGCACAGCUGACUCGUUGCCAGGCCGCCUCGUCGUCGUCGUCAUAUGCCGACACAGAAAUCCACCCGGGUCCGCAACAUCACCGCCAGCAGACCCCCUUGAGCGAGCCGCACCACUCGAACAGCCUCGAGAACGCCGUGCUGGACUCGUGGCAUACCUCGACGACGGAAUCGCUGCUGCAGUGGCCGCAUUUCGACGUGUAUCCGAGCCUGCGCGACGACUACGUCUCCAUAUUCCAGCUCGAGCAGUCCCGGCCGCCGGUCCGGAUGCGCACGUCGACCAUGUACCCGUACGUGACGGCUGAGGAUGUUGGCGGCAUCGUCGACUCGUUUGAGCACGCCGUCAACUUCUGGUAUCCGACCAUGUCGCAGGAGCAGCUGAAGAAGACGCGGACCAUCGUCACUGACGGCGUCUUCGACGAGGACGGGCCGUCCACCUGUCUCGCCCUGCUCACCAUGGCCCUCGGCUGCGCGAGCCAAGUCACAGCGGGCCUGGCAACCAAUGUCGGCAACUUGUCCGAAGAAGACGGGAAGCGCCGGGCGAGCCGCAGGGCCAUGGGUGAUGUCUACUUUGACGGCGUGCUCAAGAAGCUGCACUUUGCCCACACACAUGUCAGCUCAACGGCGACACACUGUCUUUUCUUUGUUGCCAUGUAUUUCGCCUUUCUCCGCCGCCCCCUCCAAGCGUGGGAGUACAUCAGCGCCGCCGCCGCGAAGUGUCUCCUCCUGCUCUCGUACCCGCCACAGGACGAGACGCCCGAAGACCUGGAGCGCAUCCGCCGCAUCUUCUGGUCGUGCUACAUUCUCGAGAGCGACUACCUCGCCGAACUGUCCAGCCUGCCGCUGUCGGGUAUCGCCCGCAUCGAGUCGUCGAUCCCCCUACCCGGCGGCUACCACACGCACACGUCGGCGCUCGAGGAGGAGCAGUCGUCGCUGUACUUUCUGGCGUGCAUCUCGAUGCGCCGCCUGCUCAACCGCGUGCACCAGCUGCUCUACGCGCGCGACACGGGCGCCUCCCUCGACAACGCCCGCUUCCCCUACGUCGUCGCCGAGCUCAACCACCAGCUCGACGACUGGCGCGACGUGCUGCCGCCCGCCUUCGCCUUCUCCGUCGGCUUCAACUGCGAGCCCACCGCCACCGAGCACGGCGGCUUCCUGCGCCAGCGCUACCUCACUUGCCGCAGCGUCAUCUACCGGCCAUAUUUGAUGUGGAUGCUGAGCGGCAGCGGCUCAGGCCUUGUCCCGGACGGCCGGCGCGCCAGCAUCGCCAGCAGCGGCAGCAGCGGCGUCGCGCGCCCGGCGGCCAGCACUGAGGUCCUGACGAACUGCAAGGCCUGCCUGGACGCGUGUCUGUUGCAUAUCUUGAACCUCAGGGGCUUCUCACAGACCGUGUUGGUCGACACGUGGAUCUGCUCGCUCUCAAUGGCAGGCGCUAUGCUGGUCCUCCUAGCCGCGUGCAAGAUCCCGGCCCUGCGCAACCUCAUCGGCCCCGAGGUCCUCGCCGCCGGCGACCACCUGCGCCAGCUCCUGGAGGGCUGGCAGCGUGUAGCCGGCGACCCCACCGCCCCCUCCGUCGACCAGAGCGUGCGCAUCAUCGCCGACGCCGACCGCUUCAUCCGGCAGGUCUACGGUCCCGCUGGCGGCGACGCGUCGCAUAGCUGA